GUCAUCUGACUAUCACUUGUGGGAAUUGAUAGUGUAUAGUUCUCAUAGAUUACCAAACUACAUGUUGAACUAGCUUUACUUGUGUUAGUUUUAGCAACCAAAAUGGCGGGUUCAGAAAAGGCAAUAGAGGACUACCUAAAGCAAAGAAAUAUAACAAAAGAAAAGGAUGUGGAACAACUGUAUUUGGCAAAUAAAGGACUAGAUGAGGUAGCAAAUUUAGGAAGAUACAAAUUUCUCAGGACUCUAUGGUUAAACGGAAACAGGCUAAGGCGAGUUAACUUUCUAAACAACAAUUUUCACAUCUCUGAGCUACACUUACAAGACAACCAGUUGGUGGAGAUCACUGGCGCUGUGGGUCAUUUGAGUUGUUUACGCGUGCUGAUGUUACAGAAUAACCAGCUGACAAAGCUAGAGAAGGUGGUUAGAGAGUUUCAAAAGAUGCUCACACUCCACACACUCAAUCUGUUUAAUAAUCCUGUGGCACAAGAACCUGACUACAGAAUCUUUGUUGUCAAUUCUAUACCUUCCAUACAGCUCCUAGACCGACAAGAGGUCAGUAAGAAAGAGCGUGACACAGCGCGGCAGAUCUACGACCAGGAACAGGAGAAGAUCCGAGAAACUGUGGCAUUUGGUCGCCGCUCAGAGGGACCACCCACCAUUUAUUACUCAAGUUCUGACAAAGUUCAUAGAUCAACUUCAGAUACUACAGACUAUGGAAACAGCUUUCUCAGAGAUAAUCCACCUUAUGAGACAAUGGAGGAUGCAAUUAAUGCUCGUCGAAGGAAGAAGUCAGUCACAAUUUAUACAUCUUUUGAUUGGUCAAAACUUCCAGUAUAUGAGCAGCGUCGACAGAGUGAUAAACCUUUUGAUUCUCCAGAAAUUAUUACACACGUUUAUCGCUGACAGUUGUUCAACUAUCUUUAAACUGUCAGACUAUAAUUUCCUUUCCUUUGUUAAAUUAUAUCUUUCACACUCUCUUGUACAAUUGUGAGUCACUGUGAUACCGUUAGUAAACCAUUUCAUUUUAUAUUUUGUUUUAUAUUUUUACAAAAGAUUUAUUGCUUUUUUGUAUAAAUUAUUUGAUGUUAUCUUACUCCAUAGUUUAUUUUUUCUUACAAAUAUACAUGUAUUAUUGACAUAAUGCUGUUUCUUGUUUCCAUAUUACUGAGCAUAAUGAAUAAUGAAUUAAGUUAGUAUUUUUGAUAAAAACAGUCCUUGUAAUACAUACAUGUACAUGUAUGUUGUAGAAGUUCUCGUUUCUAACUUUUAACCUUGAUGUAUAAUUGUGAGGAGAUAUCACCAAUGUCUCUAUGAUGAUAUACUGAGAUGUGCCAAUGUUCUGUGAUGUCAUUGUAAGAUGUCCCCAGUGUUUUUAGUGUCUUUGAGAUGUUCCCAGUGUCUUUUUGAUGUCAUUAAGAGAUGUCUCCAUUGUCUGUGAUGUCAUUGUGAGAUGUCUCCAUAGUCUGUGAUGUCAUUGAGAGAUGUCUCCAUAGUCUGUGAUGUCAUUGAGAGAUGUCUCCAUAGUCUGUGAUGUCAUUGAGAGAUGUCUCCAUAGUCUGUGAUGUCAUUGAGAGAUGUCUCCAUAGUCUGUGAUGUCAUUGAGAGAUGUCUCCAUAGUCUGUGAUGUCAUUGAGAGAGGUCGCCACAGUCUGUGAUGUCAUUGAGAGAUGUCUCCAUAGUCUGUGAUGUCAUUGAGAGAUGUCUCCAUAGUCUGUGAUGUCAUUGAGAGAUGUCUCAAUAGUCUGUGAUGUCAUUGAGAGAUGUCUCCACAGUUUAUGAUGUCAUUGAUAGAUGUCUCCACAGUCUGUGAUGUCAUUGAGAGAUGUCUCCACAGUCUGUGAUGUCAUUGAGAGAGGUCGCCACAGUCUGUGAUGUCAUUGAGAUAUGUCUCCAUAGUCUGUGAUGUCAUUGGGAGAUGUCUCCAUAGUCUGUGAUGUCACUGAAAGAUGUUCCCAAGGUCUCUAUCAUGAAUGUCCAUGUAAGAUACCUUCAGAGUUGAUGUGAUGUAAUUAGGAAUAGAUAUGGUAUCUUCAUUAAUGUUAUUAUAAGGCCUUUAAUAGUGAUGUUAUUUUAAAGGAGAUACUCCUGUAAUGUUUGUGUCAAAUGUCUUAAUGAUGUCAUUGGGAGAUUGCAUGUUUUUUUGUGAGACAUUCUUGUGUGCCCCACAUGCUAUUAUGGGGAGAGAUGGUCUCAGAGCCUCUUUGAUGUUAUUGUAAGCAAAUAAUGAUGUUAUUGUGAUGUCCACUGUGCCAUUGUUAGGAGAUGCCCUCAGCAAUGCCAUUGUGAGAUGAAUGUUCUCAGUGCCUCUACAAUGUUAUUGAAAUUGCAUGUUAGAUGCCUUCAAUGUUCAUUUGACUGUGAUAUGGUUUUUGCCCAUGAUGUUAUUGAGGAGAUGUCCUCUGUCAUUAUAUGUUUGAUGUUGUUGUGAGUAGAUGACACCAUGCAGUAAUGUAGAUUUCUUUGAUGCCUUUGUGAUGUUUCCUGGCCUUAUUGUGUCUAGGUCAGUUAGAGACUGACGUCUGACUCUUAUUUAGGAAUGUUUUGUUACUGAUACAAUAUAGUACAAUAAACAAUCACAGAAAAGAGA